UAAUUUCAGUUAUAUCGUCGACUGAGCCUGGCCCAAAUCCGGCCGGCCCGCCCGUUGACGCAUAGCUCCUCCCAUCAUCCCUGCUGUUAGAAAGAUCCGAUCAAGAAGUGCCGAGAUCUGCCGCUGCCGCCUCUGGGAGCAGAGAUAGAGCGGAGGGGGCCGAGAGGGCGCGCGCGGACCAGCGAUGCAAUUCUUUGGAGGGUCGUCUGUGGCGGAGAUCGCCCCAUCUCCGGCGGCGCCGCCGGGAACGGCGACGGGGCUGGCCGGGAACAACGCGAACAUGCUGUACAUCUUCAACAGGAGCGGGGUGUGCCUGCUGUAUCGCGAGUGGCACCGCCCGCUCCACACCUUGGACCCCCAGCAAGACCAAAAGCUCAUGUUCGGCCUCCUCUUCUCCCUCCGCUCCUUCACGGCCAAGAUGGAUCCCACUAGCGUCGAUAAAGGAAAUCUGGGGGUGCCUCUGCUCCCGGGACAGGGUUGCUCCUUCUACAGCUUCCGCACCAACACCUACAAGUUAAGCUUCAUGGAGUGCCCCUCUGGGAUUAAGAUUAUUUUAGUUACUCAUCCCAAGACUGGUGAUAUGCGGGAACCACUGAGAUAUAUAUACAACAUUUAUGUGGAAUAUGUCAUAAAGAAUCCCCUCUAUGUUCAUGGGUCUCCAAUCAAAUGCGAGCUCUUCAAUACAAAUCUUGACCAAUAUGUGAAGACUUUGGUAUAGCUUGCUGAGUGCCAAGGAUUUGCUGUCAGAACUGCCAUCAUCUUGGAAAAUCUUUUACUGCAACCAGAGAGCCACAGCUUAUUGAAGUUUUCGUACGUCCAGAUGAGUCUGGAUAUCCUGAAAACCUAGAACAUGGAGAGGCUUAAAUUUCUGCUCAUAUUCUGCCCGAUGAUGUCCAGACGUUUCUCACUCUUGUAAGAAAAACUUUCUUGCUGCUUGGUGUUUGGAUGCUAUAUUCACGACUUUGAGCUCACAAUGUAGAAUUGUGCAGAGUAUUGCAUGUCUAGUGGUAAAAGCCAUUGACUUGUCCAGAUAGAAGAAUUUGGAUGCAGGACUCAUCCCAUGGUUUUUGUUUUAUUUCUUUACUGAAUAUCACAGAACCAAUUCUGCAGAAAUUUUGAUACAUUUAUAUUUGAUGUUUUUUUUUUUAAAUACAAUUCCUUUAUGUUUGAGUUGCUGUAGAAACUAUUAUGGUAAUCUGUUGUUUAUCAACUGUGGGUUCCUUUUUCUUUC